AUGGAGAACGAACUUGAUCAUUUGAACUGGAACAUCAAGCAUGCAUUGUCGCAGCUUGAAGGUCCUCUGUCGCAGGAGCUCAAUUCCUGCCUUGAAGUGUCUCCAACUUCGCUGGAUUCUUCAAGCUCCGUUUACCAGAAACUUUUAGACACAGUGCAGGUGUUGGACAAGCUUCUCCUCACCCUGACUCCGCCCCAUAUGACGUUGGUAGAUGGGGUUUUUGCCUUUACCAACAGCAAGGUCCUGCUGUGUGCGUCCGAAUAUGCACUGGCCGAUCACGUCGAGAAGCUCCAACCUUGCAGCAUUUCGGAGCUAGCCAAAGCCACCGGAUUGCAUGAACAAGGCCUAUUUCAGAUAGUCCGGUAUCUUCGUGAGAUGGGGUACUUCUCGCAGGACCCCAAGACCGGUCUGCUGUCCAACAACCGUCUCUCCAAUCUUCUCCGCAAAGACCACUGGGCCACCUGGAUUAAUUGGGUUGACUUUUUCCCUCGCGAAUACUAUGAUCUCCUCUCGCGUCUCCCUGACCAGUUGAAGACUGAUCAGCCGAAAACUGCAACAGAGCUUUUCUACAACACCGACAAGCCUAUCUACCAGUAUCUGGCCGAAACCGGCAGAGCUGCUGGCUUCCACAAAAUCACCGGUACUGGUAGUGUCGUUGAGGCUCCUGGGCUGCUUGCCGACUACCCAUGGGACGAAGUGAGGUCAGAGACUGUGGUAGACAUCGGGGCUGGAGUGGGAGAUUUUAUCCGGUCUUAUCUGGAGAAGUUCCCCGACGCCACGGCCGCUGCAUUCGAGCUUCCUUCGACUGCAGAGAUCCUCAAGCAGCGAUUCCCCGCCGAUGAUCCUCUGACCAGUAGAAUCGUCUCGAUCACCGGAGGAGACUUCUUCCAGGACUCGAUUCCCGAAUCCUCGGUCUACCUCCUUCGGUGGAUCUUGCAUAACUGGGGCGACGAGGAUUGUAUCAAGCUGCUUCGGCGGAUCCGGGAGACCAUGACCAUCAAACCGGGAGUAAGCCGGGUUUUGAUUGUUGAAUCGGUCCUGUUUGAGGGGCGUUUGGGACGCGGAGCCCGGUACGCAGAUAUUCGCAUGCUGGCGAGGUGCAGAAACAAGGAGCGGACGCUGGAGGAGUACCGAAAGCUGGCGGAGGAGGCUGGAUGGCGGCUGAACCGGGUGGUCUCCCCUCGUGGAUGUCUCACUCAGAUCAUGGAGCUGCGUCCAGUGGGUGCAUGUGCGGUGUCACCGCAGACGAAUGGCAAUGGCAAUAGCAAUGGUGUAGGAGGAUUGGAAUGGGAGUCGGAGUUGAUGUAG